AUGAGCCCACCACAACCCUCCAGCUUCCACAUCCCAACCAUAGACAUCGCCCCCUACCUCGAGGAUGCCUCCACCGACGCCGCCAGGCAGGUCGUCGACGACGUGCGCAACGCCUGCAUGACGGCCGGCUUCUUCUCCCUCGUCGGCCACGGGAUCCCGCGCGAGAUGCAGGACGGCGUCCUGUGCGCGGCGAAGAAGCUCUUCGACCUGCCGCUGGCCGAGAAGGAGGCACUGCGGCACCCGCUUAUCAAGAACAGGGGCUACGAGGUCAUUGGCGCCCAGACGCUGCAGGAGAACACCCUGCCCGACCUGAAAGAGGGCUUCUACAUCGGCAAGGACCUCCCGCUCGAGUCGGACAAGGUCAAGGCGCACCCGGAGCUGCUGGGCCAGAACAUGUUCCCGGCCUCGCUGCCCGACGGCGACUUCCGGCUGCCCACCGAGCGCUACUACGCCGCCGUGCUGGACCUGUCGAUGCGCGUGCUCGAGAUCCUCGCCAAGGGCCUGCCCUACGGCGACGACAUCUUCCACGAGUUCGUGUCCAACGACCCCGUCUGCAUCAUGCGCCUGCUCCACUACCCGCCCCAGCCGCAGGCGCAGGCGCAGUCGCAGUCGCCGCCGCGCGACCAGAGGCAGCUUGGGGCCGGCGCGCACACCGACUUUGGCGCCAUAACCCUCCUCCUCCAAGACACAGCAGGCGGCCUGCAGGUGCAGGACCCGCACACGCAGUCAUGGCACGCCGUCGAGCCCAACGAGGACGCCUACGUCGUCAACAUCGGCGACAUGCUCGCCCUCUGGACAAAGGGCAUCUACCGCAGCGCCGUGCACCGCGUCAUCAACUCGAGCGGGGCCCACCGCUACUCGGUGCCCUUCUUCUUCGACGGCAACGCCGAGGCGCAGCUGAGGCCCUUUGACGGCAGCGAGCCCGUCGGCGGGCGGGUCGUCACCGUCGAGGAGCACAUGCUCCAGCGCCUGGGGGCGUCGUACCGCACAGGCGGGAAGGGGGUGGGGAGGGGGGCUGCUGCGGGUAGGGCCGUCUCGGCUUCUGCGUGA